AGUGCAAACCGCCUUAGCUACCUCCAUUCAUUCACGUCCUCACUGGACGUCAGCUCAAACGCUUUCUCCUCCACAACAACUUCAAAUGGCUCUGAACGCCACUGAGGAGGAGGAGGAGGCAUACGCUGCGAUUGAAAUGAUUGCGAACGAUGGAGAGCGGACGCACAAAUCGCCGAAAAACGCCAAUUACAGCGACAUGAGAAUCGCAACGACAGCCAGUCCUCACGAAAUGACUGCUUCAGUGUUUAUGACGCCUCCUACGAGUGGAUUGAAGGACGAAAACGCGAGUGUGGCGAAGAGGGAAGGUGCUGUAGGGGAGCCGCCAAAAUUCGAUCUUUCUUGGGCUUGGGAGGACUUCACCUCAACUGGAGUGCAAGAUAAAACACUUAGAGUGCCGAAUAUUGCGGGCUCGUUCUGGUCAGAGUCUCAGAAAGUGGAGGAAAAGGGGCUUGACAUCAUCAGUCGACUGGUAACCAUGGAUGCCUACGGACUUCUUCAAACUAUUUUGUACUUUCUACAGCCUGUUGAUUUGUGUCACUUCUCUGCUGUCUCCCGGAGUUGGCAUUGGGCGCUGAAGCGCGACAUAAAGGCCAGAGUGAGAAGGAAAGAAUUUCUAUUGAGAGUAAAACAUGCAAGACAUAGAAAGGAAAACUUGAUGACUUUAUCGAAAUCGAAGCUUCCAAAAGGCAAUGAAAUGUCCAGGAAAGUGCUUGUGUGUACUGACAACCUGCCUAACCACUCGACAAGAAAUCCAGACACAAACUAUGAUCAAAAAUCGAAUUACCCGUUUGGAAUCUAUGGGAAACACAGACCCUGUAUGAAAUGUCAGUCGCCCGCUCGCGAGUCACAAACAACAGCUCGUUGCUCCAACUGUCAGUACUCAUUCUGUAUUCACUGCUUCAAGCCCAGGCUGGCGACAACAAUACAUGACUGUUGUAUACCUGACGUGGGCGUGGUUGCUUACCAGAAAGACCAUGGAGCGCAGAGUAAAUACGCUGUGGGAAGCAAACACAGCAAGAAGCGUUUGAAAAGACUAUGAAUCCUUGAUUGUAUAUAUGAUGUCUUAGGACAUCAGAUUUAUUGUCAUAUUUCUAUGUUGAUAUUUAUAUGUAUUAUCGUGACAUAAUAUAUAUGUCAUCUCAAUACAUUCUUAGCAUUUUGGGGUUGGUGAUAAAACAAAAAUGACAUGGCAAGUAAGUCUUGUCAGUAGA